GAUCGGUGACGCAGAACACUUUUUGCUCUAACAUUUCCACCGAUCCACUAAUUCAUGAACACGCAAUACCGCUUGAGUUAAAUUUUCUUUGUGUUUUUUCUACAGACAACACAGCGCAUAUUCCGCAUUAAAAACCAAGAGCUAUUUUUCAGCGCGAAUUGUGGUGCGGGGAUAUGGCUAAUUCAAAAUAUGAAUACGUUCGGUCUUUCGAACAAUCAGACAGUCUCCUUCCCGAGACUUGGAUUGUUGUCCGAAUCGAUGGUCGCGGAUUCCACAAGCUUUCAGACCAAUAUGAAUUCGAAAAACCCAAUGAUCGACGAGCUCUAGACCUCAUGAAUGCCGCGGCAGUGGCGGUAAUGAAGGAUCUUCCUGAUCUGAGUAUUGCGUACGGCGUCAGCGACGAAUAUAGCUUUGUAUUUCAUCCUAGUUGUCAGUUAUUCGAAAGAAGGAGCGCGAAACUUGUGACUACGGUUGUGUCCAGCUUUACAGCAGCUUAUAUUAUGCAAUGGUCAUCUUUCUUCCCGGGUAAGGCACUGGAUCUAGCGCAUUUACCGACUUUCGAUGGACGCGCCGUUGUAUAUCCUAGUGCGAGGAUAUUGCGUGAUUAUAUGAGUUGGAGACAGGUGGAUUGUCAUAUCAACAAUUUAUUCAACACGACCUUCUGGGCUCUGGUUUUGAAAGGAGGAUUGACCAAUAUCGAGGCUGAAAAAGAGUUAAGCGGUACCGUAUCAUCCGACAAAAAUGAAAUCCUCUUUCGUCGCUUUGGCAUAAACUACAACAACGAAGCGGAGAUCUUCAAAAAGGGCAGCGUGGCAUACCGACAAUAUCAACUUGAGGAUCCGUCUUCAACAGCAGAGAAGGAACUCGAAAUUCAGACGAAUGUAAAAGAGCUCUCGCGAACGCAGCAGGAAAAACUGCGCAAACUACGUCGCAAGGCGGCGGUUGUUGUCGAGCAUGUGGAUAUUAUCAAAGAUGAGUUCUGGCAGAGGAGGCCGUGGAUAUUGUCUGGGAAGCCAGGGAAGCUUGUAACUGAAGAGGAGAAUAAUUAAAUACAUAUAUCGCUAAAAACGCAAUAAAAGUAUAUGGCAUCAA